GCUCAGUACUUGAGCACCCGGGAGGGUGAUGUUCCUCUUUUUUUUCACUUUUAAAGAUUUUGAUCUAGAAAAUUCUCCGGUGUGUUGAACGUGAUGUCACGAAGGAGGUCUGGUCGUACUUUUUAAGUAUCUUUGUGUGUGUAGUGAACAUUCAAGCAUAGUAGAUCUUGUUUCUUGUUGCUUGUUUCUACUUCUUUUGCAUUCGGUUUCGCAGUUGUGCCAAAAGCAAAAGCACAGUGUGUUUCUCUUCUGAUGUCGUACAAAGCAUUUUGUCUUUAUUUUCACAGCAGAAUUCUAUGUCUUUUCAGUACUACUACAAGUAGUAAUGAAAACUUCGCAAAAACUUUUUUUUUUUCGAGCUGCAAAAGAAAAGAAGAAUGCUCUCAGUGUCUCUCCUCCGCGGGAGGACGAGCUGCUGUGGUUGCAGGACGGCUUUGAUACCGAGAGUGUUGCUCACCGAGUGGCACUACAGCAAGCGGCUGCAACUCCGCCAGCGUUCCACCAUCGCCGCACCUGUAGCAGAGUCGGCUCCGCCACCAGGUGAAACUACUAUCCGCACCUCCGCUACACGAGAAGAUCUCGACGAUUUUGACAUCAGCAGAACUUCUACCAACAACAACACCUUCCAGAACAGCGAGAAGCGGGUGCUUCCCCUGGACCAAGUUGAUGUGGGGAGAAAAAUUGUAUUGGCCGCGAAUGACCUUGAAAAACGGCAAGAAGAGCUUCUGCAUCACCACUCCUCUACCGCCGUGACCCCCUUCGGCGAUAAAGGCACCUGCUCUAUCGAGGCCUUUCUGAAAACCCGGUACAGUGCGAACUAUGCCUUGCAAAUGUGUCUGGGUCUGGAAAGAAUGGGAUUUGCGAUGCUGCAUUUGGAUUCCAAGAAGAUUCUGUAUUGCAUGAGCAGCAAAGGAAAUGUAACUGUUGCUACAAGGCGAGGGCAUUUGUCAUGCGGAAUAGGCAUCAAGAAGCCCUAGAAAAAACUGUGAUGCUAGGGCAUGCGUCACAGACAUCAUGGCUCAUGCAAAACGUGCAUGACAAUCUUCCAGACCCAGACAUAUUUGCACUUCAUACGAACCCCGAUAAAACAACUUUCCUCAUCGACGAAAGUCGGCUGCUGCCGGAAGAUAUCAGCUGCAAGUAUGUCUCGGUCUGGAAAGGUGCUGCAACUUGUGAUGCUAGUAUCUUUGGACUCUACAUAAAAUCUGUAUUGCAUGUUGAGCAGCAAAUAAAGAGCUCCAGUCUUCGUUGCGCGGAGAGGGUAUUUCUCAUGCGGUAUGAGCAUCAGACUCAGAAGGCCGUCGCGCCAGCACAAGCUGUGAUGCUACGGCAAGCAUCACAGACAUCAUGGGUCUACUUGAUGGGAAUAAAUAUGCAUAACAGGCCUUGCACUUCCACUUGUCCAGACCCAGACAUGUUUGCAUUUGAUGGAACAAAGGAAGUGGCAGAAGCUAUUCGCAGUUCUGCCCUGGCUCGGGUUUUUCACGUUGGCAGCCACGCCUUUUGCGGUCUUUGCCUUUGUGGAGGAAAAGAAGAAACAAAAACUUCUGGCGCAAGGGGAGAGAAGCAACGCCGGCGCGACCACGGAGAUGAUGAAUCAAAUGGGUACUAGUACAACAACUACAGAUGCACUUUCAAGUACCGGCACGGAGAAGAAAGCUUUCUCAUCCGCGUCGACGGCACCUGGAACAGUGGCAUAUCCUGUGCAAAAGUAUCGCUCUAGAAAUAGAAAUAGAAUUACAAAUUUCCUGCGCGUGAGAUACGAAAUUUGUGUUGUAAUGCGGAUUGGUCACCCUAAGAAAAUGAAUGAGUUCUCGAUGUGCGAUACUUCUGCAAGGCAUAUUCCAACUGCUAACGCGAAGGUCGACACUGGCUACGUCCGCGAGAUCACGGUGCCUGAGAUGGUCGACGUGAUCGAAAUAUCAAAUGCAACUUUGUAGUCCACCGGGUGUGGAAAUUUAUUGCAGCAAGUUUGUCAUGCUUGUCUCGCAUCAUGGCCGCCCUUGAGCUUAACACUGUGAAGAUGCAUAAGGGAGGAAAGGAGGAGCCUUCUGAUGUUUCUUGCCAUGCGGACAACGAAAAGCAUAGGUGUUGAAAAGCUUGUCAUGCUUGGCUGCGUAGCACUGCAGCGCACACAGGCGCACCCUUCACAAUCUAGCGCCCCAUGUUUGUUGCAAAACACCACCAGACUACUCAUUUGCAGCGCAUACGAAAACUCCGUCCACGGGCGUCAAGCCAGCUUGGUCUUAUUGAAGACCUCCGAUGCGAAGACAAACUUCCGCUCUUCGCUGGCGGGGUUUCUUAUGGAGAACCUGGCCCGAAUUGUCAGCGAAGUGAUAGCACUAGAAGCCUCGUCGCACCAGAACACUUUUAACAACCGCUCCACGACCACGACACAGAACAAUCACUACGACAACAAUAACAAAACGACAGAAGCAGGACCAGGAGCAAAAGAACCUCCGCGACCAAAAAAUUUUCUCAAGUUCAUCUCCCUCGACAUAACCCCGGGGGGUGCAAAUUUUCUACAGCUAAACGCAGCACAAAGUUCAAGUAGAGACGUUGUUGACGAGCAGCCUGCUGACCAUACAAACCAACUCUCGACGGCGGUUAAAAAACCCGCAGCACUGCACGGAUAUGAUUUGACAGACGAACAGGAAAGAACGACUUCUCCGCGAAAGACAUCUACUCGAAUAAACUACACGCCUGGAGGAGGUGUCGCGUCGCCGGAACAGCUGGUGCAAGAAGAGGAUGAGUCGUACAACUUUUUCGCCACCUACCCACCCGCCUGUGGCCCGUAUUUCCAGCUGAUUUUGAACGGUGACAUUGUGGACUUCGGAGAUGCUGGUGGGGAUCAGCAACAUCUUCAUGAUCCCACGCAACAACACGCAGGUGACGUGAUAUUAAAUGAAGAUUUUGUCGACAAUCCGAUGCGGGCGGUGCAUUGGCUAUUAAAGACGCUCGAUGUUGAACAAGCUGCAAGCGCGAGCGGGCGGCAGAAAAUGAAGAGCAGUGAUUUGUUUCUCACCCCCGACCUUAUGGAGGAUGUUCUAGUUCGAGCGCAAAGUUUUGUUGAGCAGGAAUAUUUUCAAUUUCGAGAGGAACUCAUGAUGAAAACCUUCACAUCAUCAACCUAAAGAUAGACGAAGCUGUUGAAGUAGUUCUUGCUGAUCUCAUUCAUUGCUUGACUUCAAAUCCACGCGACAGAUUUUGAAAUAUGAGAAAGUGAGCAAGCAAAAAUCUGAAGAAUCUGCUACUGCGAUUUCCAAUCCGAGACUCAGGAAUCAUGAUCAGGAUGAUCAUUGUCUGGGUGUUGGCUGUCCUCUGACUGCUACUCUGAGAUGGUGGAGGACGCCAUCGCCCGACUUUCGUCUUGACAAGAAACCGACUGUAGUUCCAUCUCUCACUCAAGAAAAAAAAUUAUCUUCCAAUGCUGA